CAUGGGAAAGCAGCACCUCCCGGCCCACCAAUAUGGGCUCGGAGAAAAUCACUGUCCUCUCUGUAAUGUCCACUGAUACGACUGUGGAGGCCUCCAGGACCAAUUUCAUCUCCUCAAGCAGGAUAUCCACCCCAGACCCUGCUCAGUCCACGAUGUCACCAGACAUCCCCACGAGAAUCACCACCAGGCUCUCUACCUCCCCCAUCCUGACAGAAUCCAUAGCUAUAAGCAUGGCAACCGAAACAGUUCUCCCUGGGGCUACAUCGCAGGGCACACGUACCACGGAUGACUCCGCCACAGCCACCUGGGCAGAGGGUCACUCGGCUGGGACACAGGAUUUUGCACGCUCAGAUGGAACCACUAGCAUGGACACAGGUUCUGAGGAUGAGUCACGGACAAGCCCUUCCUCUGACCAAGACAUUACAUCUCCUUCCUCCCAUGGGCCUUCCCGUGCCACGAUGCCCCCUUCUCUAGCUUCCCCCACAUCACAAGCCAGCAACCUUUCUGCAUCUGUCCCUGUCACCUCACCUGAUGCUGCGGGCACACUGGGGACAGCUGGCCUGUUGAAUAGAAGCCUGGGACCUGGGACAAGUUCUUCAGAUUUGAGCAGCAGCUCAGCUGAGACCCGGGUAAUUUCAGAAGCUACAACCACCAGAGAGGGACUCCACCCUUCCGGGAACACAGCAGUGACCAACGUGGGUACCACCACUUCUGCACUGGAAUCCCAGUCCUCUGCCCCAGUGCGCUCAGAGACACACACGGACACCACUCCACUCAUCACCUCUUCCUUCAGUGAGGACAGCACGGUUUCCGCACCAAUGGCUGACCUUUCUAAAACCACAGAUUUUGGGACACAGUCAAUCUCAUCCCUUGGCGCAAAGCCAUGGGAAAGCAGCACCUCCCGGCCCACCAAUAUGGGCUCGGAGAAAAUCACUGUCCUCUCUGUAAUGUCCACUGAUACGACUGUGGAGGCCUCCAGGACCGAUUUCAUCUCCUCAAGCAGGAUAUCCACCCCAGACCCUGCUCAGUCCACGAUGUCACCAGACAUCCCCACGAGAAUCACCACCAGGCUCUCUACCUCCCCCAUACUGACAGAAUCCAUAGCUAUAAGCAUGGCAACCGAAACAGUUCUCCCUGGGGCUACAUCGCAGGGCACACGUACCACGGAUGACUCCGCCACAGCCACCUGGGCAGAGGGUCACUCGGCUGGGACACAGGAUUUUGCACGCUCAGAUGGAACCACUAGCAUGGACACAGGUUCUGAGGAUGAGUCACGGACAAGCCCUUCCUCUGCCCAGGAUGUCACAUCUCCUUCCUCCCAUGGGCCUUCCCGUGCCACGAUGCCCCCUUCUGUAGAUUCCCCCAAAUCUCAAGCCCUGGAGUUUUCAGCGCCUGUCCCUGGCACCUCACCUGGAGCCACUGGCACGCUGGGGACCACGGGCCCAGUGAGCACAGUCUUGGGACCUGUGACAACUGAGUCUCCUUCAGAUGUGAGCAGCACCUCAGCUGAGACCCCGGUAAUUUCAGAAGCUACAACCGCCACAGAGGAACACCACCCUUCCGGGAACACGGCAGUGACCAACGUGCUGACCAUCACUUCUGCGCUGAUAUCCCAGUCCUCUGCCCCAGUAAGCUCAGAGACACACACAGACACCACUCCAUUCAUCACCUCUUCCUUCAGUGGGGACAGCAUGAUUUCCACACCAAUGGCUGACCUUUCUAAAACCACAGAUUUUAGGACACAGUCAAAGUCCUCUCUUGGCGCAGAACAAUGGGACAACGGCACCUCAAGGUCCACGGUCAUGGACUCAGAGAAAACCACUGUCCUGUCUAUAAUGUCCACUGAUAUGAGUGCGGAGGUCUCCAGGACCGACGUCAUCUCCUCUAGAAGGACAUCCAGCCCGGACCCUGCUCAGUCCACGAUGUCACCAUCCAUCCCCACGGGAAACACCACCAGGCUCUCUACCGUCCCCGUCCUGACAGACUCCACAGCUAUAACCAUGGCCACUGAAACAGUUCUCCCUGGGGCUACAUCACAGGGCACACGUACCACAGAUGCCUCCGCCACAGCCUCCUGGGCAGAGAGUCACUCGGCUGGGACACAGGGUUUUGCAGGCUCAGAUGGAACCACUAGCACGGACACGGGUUCUGAGGAUGAGUCACGGACAAGCCCUUCCUCUGCCCAGGACGUCACAUCUAUUUCCUCCCAUGGGCCUUCCCGUGCCUUGAUGCCCCCUUCUCUAGCUUCCCCCACAUCACAAGACAGGGACCUUUCUGUGUCUGUCCCUGUCACCUCACCUGUGGCCGCGGGCAUGCUGGGGACCACCGGACCAUUGAGAGCAACCUUUGAACCUGGGACAAGUUCUGCUUCAGAUUUGAGCAGCACCUCAGUGAAGACCCCGGUGAUUUCAAAAGCCACAACUACCACAGAGGGACACCACCCUUCUGGGAACACGUCAGUGACCAAUGUGGGGACCAUCGCUCCUACACAGAAAUCCCAACCCUCAGCCCCAGCGAACUCAGAGACAACCAAAGGCAUCAUUCCAAUAGUCAUAUCUUCUGUUACUGGGGACACCACGGUUUCCACACCAGUGGAUGGCCUUUCUGAAACAACAGAAUUGGUGACACAGUCAAAGUCAUCCCUUGGCACAGAAGAAUGGGACGCCAGCACCUCAAGGUUAGCCAUCAUACGCUCAGAGAAAAUCACUGUCCCUUCUGUAAUGUCCACUGAUACGAGUGUGGAGGCCUCCAGGACCGAUGUCAUCUCCUCUAGCAGGACCUCCACCCCGGACCCUGCACAGUCCACGAUGUCACAAGACAUGCAAACGGGAUUCAACACCAGGCUCUCUACUUCCCCCGUCCAGACAGAAUCCAUAGCUAUAAGCAUGGCGACGGAAACAGUUCUCCCUGGGCCUACAUUACAGGGCACACGGACCACGGAUGCCUCCGCCACAGCCUCCUGGGCAGAGAGUCACUCGGCUGGAAUGCAGGGUUUUGCACGCUCAAAUGGAAGGACUAGCAUGGACACGGGUUCUGAGGAUGAAUCACGGACAAGCCCUUCCUCUGACCAAGACAUUACAUCUCCUUCCUCCCAUGGGCCUUCCCGUGCCACGAUGCCCCCUUCUCUAGCUUCCCCCACAUCACAAGCCAGCGACCUUUCUGCACCUGUCCCUAUCACCUCACCUGAUCCUGUGGGCACACUGGGGACAGCUGGCCCAUUGAGCAGAAGCCUGGGACCUAGGACAAGUUCUCCUUCAGAUUUGAGCAGCAGCUCAGCUGAGACCCGGGUAAUUUCAGAAGCUACAACCACCAGAGAGGGACUCCUCCCUUCCGGCAACACAGCAGUGACCAACGUGGGGACCAUCACUUCUGCACUGGAAACCCAGUCCUCUGCCCCAGUGGGCUCGGAGACACACACGGACACCACUCCAUUCAUCACCUCUUCCUUCAGUGGGGACAGCACGGUUUCCGCACCAAUGGCUGACCUUUCUAAAACCACAGAUUUCGGGACACAGUCAAUCUCAUCCCUUGGAGCAAAGCCAUGGGAAAGCAGUACCUCCCGGCCCACCAAUAUGGGCUCGGAGAAAAUCACUGUCCUCUCUGUAAUGUCCACUGAUACGACUGUGGAGGCCUCCAGGACCGAUUUCAUCUCCUCAAGCAGGAUAUCCACCCCAGACCCUGCUCAGUCCACGAUGUCACCAGACAUCCCCACGAGAAUCACCACCAGGCUCUCUACCUCCCCCAUCCUGACAGAAUCCAUAGCUAUAAGCAUGGCAACCGAAACAGUUCUCCCUGGGGCUACAUCGCAGGGCACACGUAUCACAGAUGACUCCACCACAGACUUCUGGGCAGAGAGUCUCUCGGCUGGGACGCAGGGUUUUGCACGCUCAGAUGGUACCACUCGCAUGGACAUGGGUUCUGAGGAUGAGUCACGGACAAGCCCUUCCUCUGCCCAGGAUGUCACAUCUCCUUCCUCCCAUGGGCCUUCCCGUGCCACGAUGCCCCCUUCUCUAGCUUCCCCCACAUCACAAGACAGCGACCUUUCUGCACCUGUCCCUAUCACCUCACCUGAUCCUGUGGGCACACUGGGGACAGCUGGCCCAUUGAGCAGAAGCCUGGGACCUAGGACAAGUUCUCCUUCAGAUUUGAGCAGCAGCUCAGCUGAGACCCGGGUAAUUUCAGAAGCUACAACCACCAGAGAGGGACUCCUCCCUUCCGGGAACACAGCAGUGACCAACGUGGGGACCAUCACUUCUGCACUGGAAACCCAGUCCUCUGCCCCAGUGGGCUCGGAGACACACACGGACACCACUCCAUUCAUCACCUCUUCCUUCAGUGGGGACAGCACGGUUUCCACACCAAUGGCUGACCUUUCUAAAACCACAGAUUUCGGGAUACAGUCAAUCUCAUCCCUUGGAGCAAAGCCAUGGGAAAGCAGCACCUCCCGGCCCACCAAUAUGGGCUCGGAGAAAAUCACUGUCCUCUCUGUAAUGUCCACUGAUACGACUGUGGAGGCCUCCAGGACCGAUUUCAUCUCCUCAAGCAGGAUAUCCACCCCAGACCCUGCUCAGUCCACGAUGUCACCAGACAUCCCCACGAGAAUCACCACCAGGCUCUCUACCUCCCCCAUACUGACAGAAUCCAUAGCUAUAAGCAUGGCAACCGAAACAGUUCUCCCUGGGGCUACAUCGCAGGGCACACGUAUCACAGAUGACUCCACCACAGACUUCUGGGCAGAGAGUCUCUCGGCUGGGACGCAGGGUUUUGCACGCUCAGAUGGUACCACUCGCAUGGACAUGGGUUCUGAGGAUGAGUCACGGACAAGCCCUUCCUCUGCCCAGGAUGUCACAUCUCCUUCCUCCCAUGGGCCUUCCCGUGCCACGAUGCCCCCUUCUCUCGCUUCCCCCACAUCACAAGACAGGGACCUUUCUGUGCCUCUCCUUGUCACCUCACCUGCGGCCGCGGGCACGCUGGGGACUGCUGGUCCAUUGAGCACAAGCCUGGGACCUGAGACAAAUUCUCCUUCAGAUGUGAGCAGCACCUCAGCUGAGACCCUGGUAAUUUCAGAAGCCUCGACGGCUACAGAGGGACAACACCCUUCCAGGAACACGGCAGUGACCAACGUGGGGACCAUCACUUCUGCAGUGGAAUCCCAGUCCUCUGCCCCAACGCACUCAGAGACACCCGAAGGCACCACUCCAUUCGUCACCUCUUCCCCCACUGUGGACAGCAUAGUUUCCACAGCAUUGGCUGGCCUUCCUGAAACCACAGAGUUGGAAACACAGUCAACGUCAACCCUUGGUACAGAACAAUGGGACAGCAGCACCUCCAGGCGCACAGUCAUGGACUCGGAGAUAAUCACUGCCCCGUCUGUAAUGUCCACUGAUAGGACCAUGGAGGCCUCCAGGACAGACAUCAUUUCCUCUAGCAGGACAUCCACCCCGGGUCCUGCUCAAUCCACGAUGUCACCCGACAUCCCCACGGGAUUCGACACCAGGCUGUCAACCUCCCCCGUCCUGACAGAGUCCACUGCUAUAAGCAUGGCGACCGAAACAGUUCUCCCUGGGGCUUUAUCACAGGGCACACAUGCCCAGGAUGGCUCCGCCACAGCCUCCUGGACAGAGAGUCACUUGGCUGGGACACUGGGGUUUGCAGGCUCAGAUGGAACCACUAUCAUGGACACGAGUUCUGAGGCUGUGUCACGGACAAGCCCUUCCUCUGACCAAGACAUUACAUCUUCCUCCCAUGGGCCUUCCCGUGCCACGACGCCCCCUUCUCUAGCUUCCCCCACAUCACAAGCCAGGGACCUUUCUGCAUCUGUCCCUAUAACCUCACCUGCGGCCGCUGGCACACUGGGGACUGCCGGCCCAUUGAGUACAAGCCUAAGUUCUGGGACAAGUUCACCUUCAGAUUUGAGCAGUACCUCAGCAGAGACCCAGGUAAUUUCAGAAGCCUCAAUGAUUACAGAGAGACUCCACUCUUCCGGGAAUACAGCAGUGACCAACGUGGGGACCAUCACUUCUGCACUGGAAUCCCAGUCCUCUGCCCCAGCGGGCUCAGAGACACACAUGGACACCACUCCAAUCGUCAGUACUUCCCCCACUGUGGACAGCAUAGUUUCCACAGCAUUGGCUGGCCUUCCUGAAACCACAGAGUUGACGACACAGUCAACAUCAUCCCUUGGAGCAAAACAAUGGGACAGCAGCACCUCAAGGCCUAUGGUCAUGGGCUCAGAGAAAAUCACUAUCCCUUCUGUAAUGUCCACUGAUACGAGUGCGGAGGUCUCCAGGACCGACGACAUCUCCUCUAGCAAGACAUCCAGCCCGGUCCCUGCUCAGUCCACGAUGUCAAAAGACAUCCCCACGGGAAACACCACCAGGCUGUCAACCUCCCCCUUCCUGACAGAGUCCACAGCUAUAACCAUGGCCACUGAAACAGUUCUCCCUGGGGCUACAUUACAGGGCACACGUACCAUGGAUGCCUCCGCCACGGCCUCCUGGGCAGAGAGUCACUCGGCUGGGACGCAGGGUUUUGUACGCUCAGAUGGAACCACUCACAUGGACACGGGUUUUGAGGAUGAGUCACGGACAAGCCCUUCCUCUGCCCAGGACGUCACAUCUCCUUCCUCCCAUGGGCCUUCCCGUGCCACGACGCCCCCUUCUCUAGCUUCCCCCACAUCACAAGCCACGGACCUUUCUGCGCCUGUCCUUGUCACCUCACCUGUGGCCGCUGGCAUGCUGGGGACCGCCAGCCCACAGAGCACAAGCCAGGGACCUGGGACACGUUCACCUUCAGCUUUGAUCAGUACCUCAGCUGAGACUCCAGUGAUUUCAAAAGCCACAACCACCAUAGAGGGACACCACCCUUCCAGGAACACGGCAGUGACCAACAUGGGGACCAUUACUUCUGCACAGAAAUCCCAGUCCUCACCCACAGUGGUCUCAGAGACACCCAAAGGCACCAUUGCAAUAGUCAUCCAUUCUGUCACUGGGGACACCACGGUUUCCACACCAGUGGAUGGCCUUUCUGAAACAACAGAAUUGGUGACACAGUCAAAGUCAUCCCUUGGCACAGAAGAAUGGGUCAAGAGCACCUCAAGGCCAGCCAUCAUACGCUCAGAGAAAAUCACUGUCCCUUCUGUAAUGUCCACUGAUACGAGUGUGGAGGCCUCCAGGACCGAUGUCAUCUCCUCUAGCAGGACCUCCACCCCGGACCCUGCACAGUCCACGAUGUCACAAGACAUGCAAACGGGAUUCAACACCAGGCUCUCUACUUCCCCCGUCCAGACAGAAUCCAUAGCUAUAAGCAUGGCGACGGAAACAGUUCUCCCUGGGCCUACAUUACAGGGCACACGGACCACGGAUGCCUCCGCCACAGCCUCCUGGGCAGAGAGUCACUCGGCUGGGACGCAGGGUUUUGCACGCUCAAAUGGAAGGACUAGCAUGGACACGGGUUCUGAGGAUGAAUCACGGACAAGCCCUUCCUCUGACCAAGACAUUACAUCUCCUUCCUCCCAUGGGCCUUCCCGUGCCAUGAUGCCCCCUUCUCUAGCUUCCCCCACAUCACAAGACAGGGACCUUUCUGUGUCUGUCCCUGUCACCUCACCUGUGGCCGCGGGCAUGCUGGGGACCACCGGACCAUUGAGAGCAACCUUUGAACCUGGGACAAGUUCUGCUUCAGAUUUGAGCAGCACCUCAGUGAAGACCCCGGUGAUUUCAAAAGCCACAACUACCACAGAGGGACACCACCCUUCUGGGAACACAUUUCGGGACACAGUCAAUCUCAUCCCUUGGUGCAAAGCCAUGGGAAAGCAGUACCUUCUGGCCCACCAAUAUGGGCUCGGAGAAAAUCAUUGUCCUUUCUGUAACGUCCACUGA